UAACUACCAAACCAGCCAUAUACUUUGGCACACAUUUCUCUUUCUCUCUAACUUUGAAUAAUUGGUUUUUUAUUAGCAUGGAAAAUAAAUUUAUCAGCAGAACAACAAUAAUUUUUCUUCUUUUUUGCAUCUUGAUAAUUGUCCAAUUCCAGUGUGCAAUCACUGAUGAAGGUGGCCAAAAUGUUGCUCAAGAUUACCCUGAAAAACCACUCUUUUCAAAGAUAUUGCUGGACACUGUUUCUUUGCUAAGAAAAUCACACAAAAGUUCUUGGGAGAAAAUCAAAACUGUUAUCCAUGAUCUUCAGAUGCAGUACUCACCACCAAAUUUGGAUUUUAGGGGGGUGGAAAAAGGAGAAAAUGAAGGUGUGAAAGAAGCAGUUGGGAAGAGUUUCGACAAAAGCAAAGAAUCAGUUGAAGGAACGGCUAGAUCAGCCGCAGAAUUUGUUGGAGAAGCAAUUCAUAAUGUGAAAGAUAGUACUGAAACUGAAAAGGAAUCUGAAGCAGAACUUUGAUCUUAAAAUCAAUUUUUUUUCUCUUCUUUUGGGGACAUUUUAACCAAAACUGUAAUGCUCUUACCAAGAAGAUGUCAAUAUCUGUAUGACACAAUUUAUUAAAGGUAAAUUUGUUCUUUUUAUUCA